AUGGCUCCCCAGGUUGAUGCUCCUAAGACCGUCGAAUGGCAGGGAAAGCGGGUUCCAGUCUGGUCAAUGCGGACAGUCGACUACGGCCUACUGCUCUCGCAAGACCCCGCCGAGGUUGACAACGUUCUCAAGGCUUGCAUUGAAGAUGGUUACUUCUACCUCGAUCUUAACAACAUCGACGGCCGUCGAAUGCUUGGUGACCAGCAAGAGACGCUCAAGCUCAUGCACCGCUUCUUCGAGUCGCCGAUCGAACAGAAAAACGAGUUCGGACUGAUCUCUUCCCAUCUUGGUUACGAACCUCAAGGCAGUCGCACCGGCGCCUUUGGAGCAGGAACCAAGGACGGAUAUGAGAUGCUGAAGGUCUCCCGUGACGAGAUCCAGAGGGGUAGCCCCAAGGUUCCAUCCCCCAUUAAGAACAACGGCGACCUCGGCAUCCUGGAGAACUCCAUCGGCAGCUGCAACACUAUCACCAAGGUCAUCCUCUCGGCCCUGUCAACUGGCAUGGGCUUGGUCGGCGCUUCGCGCUACGAGAACCACCACCGCAACGACAAGCCGUCGACCACCACGCUGUCCAUGAUGCACUACCUUCCCUCAGAGGUGACUGGCCCUAAGGAGGUUGGUCACCAGAAGCACACCGACAUUAGCUCUUUGACAUUGCUCUUCAGCGAGCAGUGGGGCCUCCAGAUCCGACCUCCAGGGACUUGCGGAGCGCGUGAGAUGGGUUUUGUCGAACCGAAGAAGGGCUGCGCUUUCGUCCACGUUGGUGACUCCUUGCGAUUCGCUAGCGGCAUGAAGAUGCAGUCAUGCAUCCACCGCGUUGUGCCUUUUGACCCCAAGGAGCAUCGCUACUCGAUCGCCUAUUUCCUGCGGGCUGAGGACGACACCAUGUUCAUGGACAGCGAGGGCCGCUACGUGACUGCCGGUCAGUGGCACGACCAGAAAUUCAAGGCUUUCACGGACCCGUGGAUGUACCAGCUUCAGGCACCGAAGACAAUGAUUUUGGGCGGCAUGACGGAGGACGGUGAAGAUGACCCUGCCCAGCAAGAGAUUGAGCCUGCAUCUGAGCCUAGCCCUGUUGGCGCGAAGGCACAGCUUGCUUCUGUUUCUGUGAAGGCAUAG